AACAUCAAGGAGAGAUACCGCGACGCCAAAUUAACCCCAAAACCCUCUGAAUAAAAUGCAGCCUAAACCCUCAAACGUUAAACUUAAACCCUAACAUUUCCGACUCGCCUAGAAAUGGCUUUCAACUCAGUUCUUCGCCGAGCCUCCAAAUCCUUCUUGCCUCUCGCUAUCCGCACCGUCGGGUCUCCCAUAACCUUCCAAAGAGCUAUCCCCACUGUUCUCUUCGUUGAAAACCGCACCACUCUACGAAACUUCCUUCCAUUUUCGCAUUUCUCAACAGCGGCCACUUCAGAGAAACCGAUCGCCGAUGACAAUUUGAUUCGAGCUCUUGAAACUGAGAUCGAUUGCGCCGAGGAACCCCAAGAUGUAGAGGAUAUCCCCAAUGAAUUUCCUUUCAAAAUUGAAGAUAAUCCCGGGGAGAGGACCAUUUCACUAAAUAGAAAGUUCCAAGAUGAAACUAUCAAAAUUGAAGUUGACAUGCCUAAUGUUUCGAUUGAUGUUGAGGAUACCGAUGACAAUACCAAGGACGCAGAUGUCUCUAGCAUUCCAUUGGUUGUGAGUAUUUCCAAGGGAAGUGGUCAGUAUAUGGAGUUUGGUGUCACUGCUUUCCCUGAUGAGAUCACAAUUGAUAGCUUGUCAAUUAAAAACCCAGAAAAUUCGGAUGAACUUGCAUAUGCAGGACCUGAUUUUAAUGAUUUGGAUGAGAAUUUGCAGAAUGCUUUCCACAAGCAUCUCGAGAUUAGAGGGAUCAAACCUAGCACGACAAAUGUUUUGUUCGACUACAUGGCCAACAAAGACAACAAAGAAUACUUGCUAUGGCUGAAGAACCUCAAAAAUUUUGUGGAGAAGUAACUCCUUGGACGAGAAACAACUAUUUACAGGGUGGCCAGUUUAUGUAGCUGAUGGCAGUAUCUGCCUACUGUAGUGAUAUAGUUUUGUUUUGAAAUGUUUUGCUUCUGGACUUGAUCAUGUUUAGGAAGGAACUAGUAUUGAAACCCAUGUCAGGGGUAUUAGUUAGUCAUUUUUUAACCUGCCAAGGAUAAGAAAGGGCAGAUGUUGUCCAAGUUCUAAACUAUUUUCAAAUAAGUGAUGUGAGAUUCGAACA